UCCAGUGAGUAGCUGGAGAACAUCACUAUCCCUCUGCGGAACCUCUGUCUGAUUGUGUGACGAAAGUCUGGUUCAAGCCUACUGUAACCCGGUUUCAAAUGGAGUCCGCAUAAGUACCCCCGGGAGCAAUGAGCUGGAAAAUUAACUUCACGGCGCCGAUGGAAAUGGGGCGCGAACGAGAAUGCUGCGUCCUCUCCACAUCGCCGGGCUGCCGCCGAGCCGCAAGCUUCCCCUUUGUCGGCGACUCCUCAAUAAUACAGGCAUCCAGUUUGAAGGUCCGCUCCAAGAGCGAGUCGGAAGCCUUAAACAAGAUGCGAUUGACACAGAUGAACUUGGAAACGGUUCGCAAACGUCUGUCCGAAUCGACAAUUAAGGAGAAAGAUGAAGGAAGCGACUACCAAUCGCACAGUUCAUCGAGCAGCGAAUGCGAGGUCGACGAUUUGGAGCUCUUCUGUGCGGGGCCUCUCGAAUUGAAAGAGGAAGAGAAGUUGCGCAAAUCGGUACGAUUUGCCGACGACUGCGGACAUGAGCUCUACAUGGUCCGCGUGGCGACGGAGCCCAGCAAUUGCCCACCGAAGCUGAGUCCUUCUGUGCUCCGUCGCUAUCGGGGAGAAUCGUUCGAAGAAGAGGAGAUGACUACUCGCGAGCCGGCUCCUGUCUGGAAUCUGAUGUUUAAACAGCCUGCAGCGGAUUAUGUUCGUUUUCGGGAAAACAUGGAAACUAACAAAGUGUCGCUGGAAAAUGUGAUCUUAAACAAUGAAGCAUACAAAGUGAUGGGAACAAUCAAAGUGGGCAAUAUUGCAUUUGAGAAGAGCGUUUUUGUGCGAUACACAAUGAAUGGCUGGAUUUCGUAUAUGGAUAAAGCGGCGAUAUACCAACCAUCCACCAGCAAAAUUCAGGACACUUUCAAAUUCGACCUUGACCUGCCCUCUUCUGUGGAGAAGAUCCACCAAAUUGAGUUUUGCAUUUGUUUCAAAGCGAACGGCACCGAAUACUGGGACUCUAACUCGGGUACAAACUACGUGUUGCACUGCGAGCAGCAACAGCAUCCUGCCGUUCCACAACAACGUCGCGCGUCGUUGUUCGGCAGUUCAAAAUAUCUCGACCGAGAUGACGCCUACAAGCUCGACUACAACGAUUGGGGAAAAUUCGCCUCUUGGAAGGCGCUUAGCACCGAUGGUCCGUACUGGUAGUUUUGCUCCCCCAUAUACAUAUAUCAAUAUUUGCCUUUUUCAUCCUCCUUCAUUAUCCCACAUCCCCACCUCCCAACACAUAUACCCACUUUUGUUUCUACUACUACUACUGGUACGAUUUCAAAGUGCCCGGGUAUAGGAGAUCAGUUCAUUUUAUUACUCUCUUCUUCUUUUUCUUCUUCGGUUUCUUUCUUGCUAUUUCUCUUCUCUAUUUCAUCAUCUCGCUUAGCCAGAUUUCUUAAAAAUUUGAAUUAGAAACCCCCUUCACGACUUAAUCUUUUCAUUUGAUUCAUCUUCAAAAAUGCGUGUGCCUCCUCGUGUGUGUGCUAAUUGCCAUAUAGAGAUUUUCCGCCAUCGUAGUAGCUCAAAACGUUUUUUUUUCUCUUAAAUAGGGUAGAUAGGGAAGCUUACCCUUAUGUCUAUAAGCCCCCUCAUUUGAAAGAGCAUUUCGCCUUCCCCAGCUUGCCAUUAUUGUUUGGUUCACCUCCGCAUAGGGUACAAAUAAUCCGGUAUAGACACCUCGCCCUCAUCACCACUUCCCGCCACACUUUUUCUCUCUGAGAUCGUUGUCUUUGUUACCAUGUCCUAAUCAUUUCAAAGCGCCUAUCACAACAUCCAAAAGGUGCAAAAACUUCGCCCCUCCUCCUCCCAUUAUUUGCAAUCGGUAAAAGAAAAACGGUCGAAAAAAUUACACAAAACAAAAAACACCCGCCCCGCCCCCGCCCAACCCAAUGUGAUGAAUAUCAAAUAUUUGUUCAUGUGAAUCUUGAGAUUAUUAUUUCUAAUUGUUUAAAAUAUUGAUUUUUGAACUACUUGGAUUCAAAAUCAUUUCCCACCCUUCUAUAUAUACACCUUGUCAGUAGUAAUAUGUAUUAAGAACAAAUAACUUGUAUUGUUUAAUUGAUUGAGAUUAUUAAUUACCACAGUUCCAUCUAUUUUUGUUCCAAAUUGUUGCGCCAUCGGUGUAAUUGAUGAACCAUCGACACACACUUCUCCACGUCCCCCUUCCCCUUCCUUCCCACUCCCCACCAACGUGCGGGCUUAAUAUGUUACAGUUACUGUAGAAUGGUACCUUAUCAUGCCAAAUAAAAAUUCUAAAUAGAAU